AUGACAUGUGGCGUGCAGCAGUCUGACUGGGAAAGAGGAUGUGACAGGAUGAGAUUGUUUCAUGGUGUGACAACUCUAAAACAAAAAGUCUAUAAUUUAAAACUUUCUAUUAUUGAGAACUUCUCGCACCUCCCUGAAGGUGCUGAUGAGGCUACCGUUGAGGCGUAUCUCUCAUAUCUGAUUGGUGUUGUCUUCUUCUUCGACAAGACUAGCAACAGGGUACAGCUUUUGUACUUGACAUUGCUUGAUGCGCCAUGGGAGGUCAUCUCCGGUUACAGCUUGGGUUCCGCAGCCCUAGCUUAUCUGUAUAGAAGACUGUGUGAAGCUUCAAGAAAGAACGUGAAGAAGAUCGCUGGACCCCUGAUUAAAUUUUGUGGACUCAAAUUCCACCUAUUGACCCAAAAUUAA